AUGGCAACACCGACGUCUUCGGUAGAGCGGCUGCUCCAGUACAUCCGCAUCCCGACCAUCAGUGGCGAUGGCCCCAAAGGAGCGUACAACGAGGUCCUGCAAGUUUUCUCGCCCUCGGAGAGCAAACCAAUUGCGACAUGGCAAGGGAAGGAUUCCUCUCUACCAUCGAUCCUACUCAACUCGCACUACGACGUGGUCCCUGUUGCUCGUGAGCACUGGCAGCACGACCCUUUCAAGCCGACAGUUCUGGAGGAUGGGAUGAUUUACGGUCGUGGCAUUCAGGACAUGAAGAGUGUCGGUGUGCAGUAUGUGGAGGCUGUCUCCCGUCUGAAAGCGGAGGGAUUCAUUCCGAGUCGAAACAUUCACCUCCUGUUCGUGCCAGACGAAGAAAUUGGCGGCGUGGAUGGUAUGGAGGCGUUCUUAGCAAGUGAGCAGUACAAAUCCAUCCAGCCCGUCGCAUUCGCCUUUGACGAGGGUCUGGCCAACCCCAAUGACGUCUUUACAGUAUUCUACGGCGAGCGUGUACCCUGGUGGUUCUACGUGAAGGCUGAAGGUCCUACGGGUCAUGGUAGCCGCUUUAUCAAGAACACAGCGACGUCCAAGAUCAUCGACGUCUGCAACAAGGCUUUGGCUUUCCGUGCAGAGCAAGAGGCUCUUUUGAGUGCUGACUCCGGCUGCAAACACGGUGACAUCAAGAAGCGAAACCUUGGCGAUGUCACGACAGUAAACCUCAACAUGCUGCAGAGUGGCGUGUCCCAAGACGGCGGCAAGACACACGCGCUCAACGUCAUUCCAACUGAGGCUGUUGCUGGCUUUGACGUGCGCAUCUCGCCUCACAUGGACUUGAAAAAGCUCAAGGCGAUGCUUGACGAAUGGUGUUCGGCUGAGGGAUUAUCGUGGGAGUUUGUGUCGUGGUGGAAGAAUCCGCUGCAUGAACACUACACGACGUCGGUGGACGACACGAACAUUUGGUGGACGUUCUUCAAGGAGGGAUGCAAGGAUGUCGGUGUUCCUGUGGAAACCGAGGUCUUCCCAGCGGCGACAGACAGCCGUUUCCUCCGCCAGCUCGGCAUCCCGGCGCUGGGCUUCUCUCCGAUGAACAAGACGGAAAUUCUGCUCCACGAACACAACGAGUGUCUGCACAAGGACACUUUCCUGCGUGGCAUCGACGUGUACGAGACGCUGUUCCGCCGCAUGUUCACGUACGCCGAGGCGAACUGA